UGUGUAGUGCGUAGGCUGUGUAUCGUGAGUGACAUGAUGAAGAGCAGACAUCGUAAUAGUCCUUCCUCUUCGUCAUUCCACAGUGGGAUCAGCAGACCCGACAGCAAACUCAGCCCCAAGGCCUUAUACGAACGACGGAAGAAAUAUUCCAACUCCAACAUGAUCAUGCAGGAAACUUCACAAUAUCAUGUACAGCAUCUCUCCACAUUUAUGAUGGAUAAAUCUGAGUCGAUUGCCACUGUGGAUGAUGCCAUUAAGAAGCUGGUCCUGUUGGACUCCAAGGAUAAAAUCUGGACACAGGAUGUGCUGCUGCAGGUUAGCGACACGGCUAUCAAACUGCUGGACUGUGAGGAUAAGGAGGAACUGGAGAACUUCCCUCUCUCUACAGUGCACCACUGUCAGACGGUGCUGAAUCAGACACGCUACCUCUCUGUGCUUUUACUCGUCUGUCAGGACCAGGACCAGCACAGACCCGACAUACACUUCUUCCACUGCGAUGAGGUGGAGGCCGAGAUGAUCCACGCUGACAUUGACAGUGCUCUGGGAGACAAAAAACAUGGAAAGAAGAUGAGACCACAGACCCUAAAAAUGAAUCAGGAGAAGAUUAAGAGGCAUCGGGAGACCAUCAUCCCCCCAUCUGAGUCUAAACCUCCUGCCCCACAAGUCAAAAGCCGCGUGGCCGCCAAGGCUGUGGCAGACAUGGAUAGACGUGGUUUUCCCCAACAAGAAGGAGAGUCCCAGGAGAAACUGGCUCAGCGCAUUGAGAAGGACGUGCAAAUCCUGAACUGUGCUCUGGAUGACAUUGAGAUUUUUGUGGCGCGGCUGCAGAAGGCAGCAGAGGCCUUCGCUCAACUCAACCAACGAAACAAGAGCAGGAAGAGCAAGAAGAAAGGACCAGCUGAGGGCAUGUUGACUCUCAGGGCCAAGCCGCCCUCAGAGGCGGAGUUUGUUGACACUCUUCAGAAAAUGAAGUUGGCCUUUAAUCUACUGGCCAAACUGAAGAAACACAUACAGAAUCCCAACGCUGCAGAACUUGUCCACUUUCUGUUUGGACCUCUAGAGAUGAUCUUGCAGAGCUAUGGGAGUCCAGACCUGGCACGUUCGGUCAUCUCUCCUCAUCUGUCCACUGAUGCAGUGGAGUUCCUGAGAAGCCAUCUCACCCCUAAGGAGAUGACCAUCUUUGAGCUACUGGGAGACAGAUGGACCAAACCCAGAGCCGAGUGGCCUCGGGAUCAGUGCGCCCCUCUCUACGUCCCUAAGUUCCGGAAUGGCUGGGAAGUUCCAGUGGAAGUGUUCCGCAUGUCGCCGUGGGAGACAGAGACGGCCGGACCACCCACGUCACCGGUCCAUGCAGACCCCAGGAAACCAGACUUCUAUGGGUCCCAGACCUCACUGUCAUCAAACGGGUCCUAUGGUACUCCUUCCUCUCCACGCAGAUAUGCCAAGGUCUGCUACAGCUUUGUGGCACGCAAUGCCAAUGAGCUCUCAGUGCUCCAGGACGAAGUGCUCGAGGUGCUUGAGGAUGAUAAGCAGUGGUGGAAGUUGAGGAAUCGCAGUGGACAGACAGGGUUCGUUCCCUCUAACGUACUGGACGUGGUCAAACCAGAAGACUUCCAUGGUCAGUACAGGGGCACAUCUCCGUCGGGGUCUUUGGGGCGGGGCAGUGGCUAUGACAUGCCCAGGCAUUCGCGGGAGAAUGAGUUCCGCAGUAGGCAGAUGGAUGAGGUGAAUCAUGAGUUGCUGGAAAAGAUUACCAACAGUAAGAAUCAGCCUCCACACAGAAAUUUCCGUGUGGAGCGCCCUGCCAACUCUGUCCCCCUGACCUUCGAGUCCACACCUGAGCAGGUCACCACCUGGCUCAACUCCAAAAGGUUCUCCAAAGGCACUGUCCAGUGUUUGGGCAUUCUGACUGGAGCCCAGCUCUUUUCUCUGAAUAAGGAGGAGCUGAAGGCUGUGUGUGGAGAGGAAGGUUCCAGAGUCUACAGCCUGACCGCUGUCCAGAAGGCUGAGCUGGAGAAGAGCCGAGGAGACACUGAACUAGAGGAGAUCAUGAAAAGAAGGCAAGAGAGAGUGGAUUCUUCCUCCCGCUGAGCACGCUCGCCCUGACUGUCAAUCAACAUUGCAGCCUGGCAACUGUAGCCAACGGCAACAGUAACCAUAACGAAUGAAGAGGGAUGAUGUAAUUUCUGCAACUCAAGCCAUUCUUCUGUCGCUUUCUGUCAUCAACCAAUUUUAAACAAAUCUACAAGUCAGCAGCAACAUAUACAAAAAAUAUAUUGUUAUAUACAUUUUGUAAUUGUAUAUUUAUUAUGUUGUUUUUUUUUUAUUGUACGUGUAAACAUCGUUGUUAAUUUUCCACACCAAUUCUUUCCAUAUCUUAGCUUUUUCUGGCCACGUCUUUCAGUGCUCAUAAAUGUAUAGGACUAUUUACUGGUGAACGUGUGCCCGACGAAGGUGGUCAUGAAAUGAAAAUAUGAAAUGUCAAAAAAACCAAAACAAAAACAAACAAGCAAAAAAAAAACCAAACGUAUAUGUCCUGCAGCUAAUAGUUAUUUUUCCACCUGCAAUGGGAAUGCAUCACAAAUGACAUGAGUUUAUUACAUUGACAUCACCUUGCCUGCAAUAAAUACAUUUCUCUCCGCGUUAGUCAAUAAAAUAAACUUGGGAACACAA